AUGUCCACUACCACCUCCGCUGACCCGGCUAUCUCCCGCUUCCUAGGGUUCAAAUUCAAAGAGGGCACUACAGAUGAGCAGAAAGCAAAUGCCGUCAAAGGUCUCUUUAAACUAUAUGAGGACCUGGCGCGAUACGUAAAUCAGGGACCAGUUGGUGGCAAAAGCCUCGCUCAAGGUCCAAGCAGAAGAUUCGAUUACAUGUUUACCGUGGAGUUCAAGAAUGCAGCGGCGAGAGACGCAUUCUCCGCAAGUCCUGAACAUGAAGGUGGCAAGACGCGUCUUGCCCCCAUAGUUGAAGAUGUCCUUGCCUAUGAUUAUGUCAAGGAAGAGUAUGGCUUUUGA